GGAACUACCGGUGAGUUAUCCGGCCUGAUGCUAUUAACAGGCUAUCUCAUGGUAACGGCAGUUGCUUGCUAUCAGACGCCGUCAUAUAGCACCUCAUUCACACAAAAGCACUCGACAACCAACCCUUCUUCAAGAUCCUCCCUACAGAAUCUGGUCAGCAAAAAUAAGCAGCAUCAACAACAUCCCUUGAUUGGCUCCAACAAGAAAGACAACCCAACUCCCGUCCCCUUCAAACUAGUCCCCUCCUAUUACCAAAUCGAAAACCCCCGAAUACCUCUCACGUAAUGGCCAUCGUUUCCCAAGGUGGCAUGUCACCGUUGACCACUCUUUAACCCCAUUUCAACUCCGGCAAUCCCUUGUUCCCCCCCCCCUCUUCUUGUCAUGCACGAGUUGACUGCGCGCAUCUGUAAGUCAGCCUCAUUGGUGCUUUCAGGCAACUUCUCUCGUGCCGUGCAGCUUUCUCAGCGUCGAGUCCCUCAAACUGUACAAAGGCACAAUUUACUUCUAAUGAAGACGUCAAACGAACCUGCAACUGCGGGAACCCACAUGUGAGUCUCUUGUCUGUCUCGAUCUUCUCAGAAG